AUGAAUUCAUACUGAGAACAUGUAUAGUUUAAUUAAUCAAAUCGGUUCUGAUAAAUUAUUCAAUGUUAAGUGUAUUGGGCGAAAAGGGUUGGUCAAGUUAAUUGAUUAAUCAUUUUCUGAAUUAACGUAUAUAUUGUCAUAAUAACAAUCUCGAUCUGUUUUGGAUAAGAUCGGAUAUCAAACAUUUUAACCAACACUAUUACCAUGACAACGGUACUGACUUCCAUACUAGUAGUGUUUGGAUUUAGCAUGGUGCUUAGUGUUCCCGCCAGAAGAUCUUCUUUGACAAUGAGAUUUGGUGAACGACAGAAAAGUGGUCGACUCCCCUACAGACUGAGAGAGUUUGACAACAACAAUGAUGGUGCAUUGGACAGAAAAGAAUUAUCAGAAUAUUUCAAGUCAACUUUUGAUAAUCAUGAUCACAUAGCACAAAAUGUAGAAGAAGCUUUUUAUGUCCUGGAUGUAGACGAUGAUGAUUUUAUUAAUGUUUUUGAAGCCCAGCCAUUAGAAAACUUAUGAAGGGAACAAUUAUGUUCUGUGAAUGAACCUGAAUUAUGCUCAUUUCAUACGUCAACCUACAUUUCAUCAUUAUAUUUGACUUUUUCUAUACAUCAGUAAUUGUGAUGAUAUUCAACGUGUACAAUCAUCGAGUUCUUAAUAAAUGGAGAGA